AUGAACCAAUUUAGUGUUAUUAAAUGGCGUUUGGAAUCCCACACACAAACCUAUAACCCGGAUGCUUGCGCGUCAUGCAAUGAAAGCAAACUUAAGCCAUGUCCCGAGUGUGUGAGGCGAAAUAUUGAAUGUACUCCACGGCAAUCUUGUUCACGGUUCGCUGCUUGUAUGCACUGCGUUAAACGCAAGGCCAAGCACAGUGACCAGAGGCCAUGUGUUCGAUGUGUUGCGGACGGCGUCCCAUGCGUCCCUAGGGAAAAAAGUCACGAAACACAAACUACAGAGAAUUCCUUUUCAACCAUAUCGGAUACAGCAACUUCAGCUGUUCACCAGAGCUUAUUGCCUUCUAUCGACGAAUCCCAGUCCGAAUCAACCGAGAGCCGUGCCUCUGUUUUUUGCCCGAGCCCGGCAAGCUCUCGACUUCCAUCUCCAGAGAAUGACAGACUUGACCAAAUGAUGCCUCCGAAAGACCUGCAUGCCUGCCUCGAGAAUAUCUCUGAUGCCAGACAACUUUCGGUGUUGAAUUCCUGUUGGAACACAUAUAAACGCACAGCGACAAAUUUUUAUAUACAGACAUCGUAUAUAAAGGCAUUCAUUGAGGUGGCAAGAUGUGGGUCUGUGGAAAAUAUCAAGAAAGGUGUGAUUCCGUUACUUACGACAUUUAAAGACUUGCGCAGUCUCAGUCAUGAACAUCGCGAUAUAAUUUACGAGCUUGUUCAGCUUAAAUAUGCUAUAGUAUGCUACUCCUCUUGA